AGUUCUCUGUGGAAUGCGAGAAGCACGUAAGAAUCACGGUCUGGUGGUCGUCAACUCAAGAAUAUAUGCCGUCGGUGGACAGAAUACAUUAGGUGGGCUGGACUCGGUGGAAUAUUACGAGAUCGGCAGUAAUGAGUGGAAAAUGGCGGCACCGAUGCCGUGGAGGGGCGUGACAGUGAAGUGCGCGGCCGUAGGCUCCGUGAUCUACGUGCUGGCCGGGUUUCAGGGCGUCGGCCGUCUGGGUCACAUCAUGGAGUAUUACACCGAGACGGACAAAUGGGUGGUGUCCAGUAAAGUCCGCGCGUUCCCCGUCACCAGCUGUCUGAUCUGUCUGGUGGACACGUGCGGCGCGAACGAAGAGGACAUGAGUUCUGCAUCUUCCUUGUCUGCAGACGGGAGAAUGUAGCAUUGCCGUGACAAGGGUCACGGCUUAAAGACACAUAGCAUACGUGCUAAGACGGAACCACUGGAAUGUUUUGCGUUCAGAAACGUGGCGUGUCUUAUUAAUGAAACACAAGCAGAAAGAAUAAUUCAUCAAUACAUUCCUACAUAAAUAGUCACAUGCUAAAAUGGUUUCGCGUACAAUAUACACUGAAACAUUGUUCUGCUCGUGUUUCAGGAAUAAGGUCCGGUUGGUUGCUAAUGUGCCAAGAGGUUUGUUGCAUUAUACGUUUACUUGAAUACCGUUUGUGUCUGUAAAGACACAGUUGUGAAGAGUCAUUCGAAUUAAACCAAUUAGGUUAAAGCGUUAUUUUUGAUGAUAUAAACAAUGGUUUGCCCGUUUCAUCUUAUUCCGACCAUUGUGUCAUGUUUUUAUGUUCUCUUGAAUUGUAAGAUACAUUUUUAUUGACUAUCAGAUAGCUGAUAUUCCCUGAUCUUGGAUCAGAUUUCCAGAUUGUUUCCCCCCGUGGCUGUAAUCAGUUGUCUUGUUGGUUUUAUGCUUUCGGGAUUGUUGUCCUGGUGUGUUUAUAUUAUUUGUAAAUAUACUUGUUACUUAAUUUUUUUUUAAAUAAUUAUAAUUGUAUUAUCUCAAAUACAGGCUUGAAAUUUUUUUUUUUUUGUCUCAAAAUGUGAAUGAAUCAGUAAAUAUACAAAAACCAAGCUGAGUUAAGAGUUCAAGUAUUGAUUAUUGAGAAUCAAAAUAAAAAUGUCAU